AACUUCAUUAUGGAAGGGGAGGUGGGACGAGCAGAGCGGCGCUGGUGAGACUUUUAGGGACACGGACGAAGCGUCGGACUUCUUCCUUUUCUCUCACUGUCGACACACAAACAGGAGAAGGAGGAGGAUAACGAUGGGCGCCCAUCUCCUCUGGGAUUCGUUUUAAGACAGUGGCGGCGGUAACUGAUCCAAAUGACUCACUUGAAACUACUUAGGAGGAACUUGGACGUGGACCGACCCAUUUCGCCUCCGCCGAGCUGCCCGUCAUAUUAUUCCGCUCCCAAGUUUCUCUCGCACAGUUCAGCAGCCUAUGAAAAAGAAAUAACGCGACUUACGCGCAGUUGAUGCCUCGGAGAAGCCACCCCUAUCCUCGCAUGCCAGUCUGUCUGACUUUAGAACAUAUAUUGUUGCCAGACCGCGGACCGAGAGAGGAGGAGGAGGACUCCGAUGGAAAACCAUGCAGCGCUUUGAACCCAUGGAGACAUGGCACAUAGGUUCCUCUCAUCUGCGAACAGAUUCAGCGCCAGAUUCGCCUUCAUAUUCACCGUGUCACUGUCCUGCACCUAUCUGUGCUACAGUAUUCUCUUCUGUCGCAGCACAAUCAUGACGAGCCAGGGUUAUGAGGGGAAGAGGUGCCCGCCGAGCAAGAACGCGGGAGGGAAGAAACUUCUUGGAAAACUGGACAAUUGCGCGUCGCUGGAAGUCAGGUCCGGCACCGCCGCCCAGCGCGGGUCGAGCGAUCCCCGCGACCAAAGUAGAGCCCCUGCCUCGACUGGGAGCCACUGGGCCGACGCGAAGUUGAGAAACAUGAGUGUCGCGCAGAAAUAUGGGAAUAAGAAGCUGCCUAACGCGCUCAUAGUGGGUGUAAAGAAAGGAGGCACCAGGGCGGUGCUGGAGUUCAUCCGGAUACAUCCAGAUGUGCGCGCUCUCGGGACGGAGCCGCACUUUUUCGACAGGAACUAUGACAGAGGGCUUGACUGGUACAGGGGAUUAAUGCCGCGAACGCUCGACAGCCAGAUCACGUUAGAGAAGACUCCCAGCUACUUCGUCACCAGAGAGGCGCCCAGACGGAUCUCCAGCAUGUCCCACAAGACCAAGCUGAUUGUUGUGGUGCGCAACCCGGUCACAAGAGCAAUCUCCGACUACACUCAGACUCUUUCCAAGAAGCCCGACAUCCCCACGUUUGAAGAGCUGGCCUUUAAGAACAAAAGCCUCGGCCUCGUCGACACCUCCUGGAACGCCAUCCGGAUCGGGAUGUACAUUCUGCACCUGGAGAACUGGCUGCAGUACUUUCGCCUGUCGCAGAUGCACUUCGUGAGCGGGGAGCGGCUGAUCACAGAUCCGGCGGGGGAGAUGGGCCGCGUUCAGGACUUCCUGGGACUGAAACGAAUAAUCACAGACAAGCACUUCUACUUUAAUCGAACCAAAGGCUUCCCCUGUCUGAAGAAGCCGGAGAGCAGCAGCCAGCCACGCUGCCUCGGCAAAUCCAAGGGCAGAACUCACGUCCAGAUCGAACAGGAGGUCAUAGAGCAGCUGCAGGAGUUUUAUAGGCCAUUUAAUAUCAAAUUCUAUGAAACUGUUGGACAAGACUUCAAGUGGGAUUGAGAGUGCCGUGCAGCAACAGCGCUGGUUUAAAAAAAAAAUGGCUACCUCUGGAAAUAAAUGAGGGUAUCCUUGACAAAAAGAAAAUGUUUAAAUGAAUAGUUUAUUGAGAUAUGUAUACACUGACAGAGUUAUAAUAGAAUAAUAUACAACUCAGAAAUUAAGAUAUAAUCAUGUAAACAGUUUCAUGUCAUGCUGGGUUUUUGGUUGGGUCAUUCUGAUCACAAGUGCCAUUUAUUUAAAAAAAUAUAUACACAAAUCCAAGUUUCUAUAAAACGUACAUGACAUAAAUUCAUCACCAGGCAACCAGCAUUAAGUCAUUAAACAAGUCAUUAACCAGCAAACAUCCCAUUUCCUUCCCGUCAUUUAGCCUCAACAGACCUACAUUAAUGACACAGCUUGAAUAUUCAUCAUUUCCGCUCAAAAAAAAGAAAAAAGAAAAAAAAACACAACGAACCACCGGCUUAAAUGCUAAAACGAGCUCUCAACAUGAAGUUUGCAGCAAAAUGUCAAAUGAAUAAUAAAAACCAGCCUGUCAGUUAUUCUGCAGUGGAGUCUGUCUUCCUCGCUGUUGACAAAAGUUCACAGGCGACAGAGGGAAAAAUUUGCUGGGGAAAAAAAAAAAGUGUACUGUAACCGAGAAAAAAACAACAGCUAUUUUAAGACAGAUGCUACAACACUGAUGACGGUCUACCGUUUGUUGAACUUCAGCUCUUUCUGUGUCAGUAUUUUUCGUUGUGAUCCUUGAAAUAAAAAGGCAAAAGACUUCAAAA